UUCCGCCUGCGGAAGAGGGCUGAGGGAGCUGUCAAACAUCUGGAGCUGAUGGUCGUAGCAGGUCCAGAUGUUUACUUGUACCACAAAGAGGACACGGAGCGAUAUAUUCUUGCCAACCUGAACAUUGGGGCAGAGCUGCUGAGAGAUGCUUCACUGGGUGCUCAUUUCAGGGUUCAUCUUAUGCAAAUGCUUGUUCUGAGAGAACCAGAGGCAGAGGUGAACAUCACAACAAAUAUCACCUCCUCACUGAUCAGCGUUUGUGAGUGGAGCAAGAAGGUCAACCCCCAGAACGACUCUGACCCCCAACAUGCUGACAUUGUCCUCUAUGUCACCAGGUUUGACUUGGAGUUACCUGAUGGGAACAAGGAGCUACGUGGAGUGACUCAGUUAGGUGGAGUCUGCUCCUCCUUCUGGAGCUGUGUUAUUACCCAGGACACUGGCUUUGACCUCGGAGUCACUAUAGCCCAUGAAAUUGGGCACAGUCUUGGAAUUCCCCACGAUGGUGAGGGGAAUCAGUGUAGCAGUAGCGGUUAACACAUCGUUAACCACAACAGCAUCGCCCUCGCCUGGUCGCAGUGCAGCCGAGAAGCGUUCCUGGCCUUCAUCAGCACAGGCCAAACAAACUGCUUAAAUGACCUGCCGGACAUGGACGGCAGCAUCCCUGGAUGGAAGCCUGGCUUGUACUAUGGAGCAGAUGAGCAAUGUAAAAUAGCCUUUGGGAGUGUUGCCACAGCAUGCACCUUUGCUGACAGCAAUGUUGACAUAUGUGAAGUUCUCUCAUGCCAUGUACAACCAGGAGACAAAUCCAGCUGUACUCGGCUGCAUGUACCCCUCUUGGAUGGUACUGAGUGUGGAAUCAAUAAGUGGUGCUCCAAGGGACAGUGCAGCUCCCUGGAAGAACUGAACCCCAUGGCUGUAGUCCAUGGGCAGUGGUCUGGCUGGAGCCCCUUUUCCUCCUGCUCCCGCAGCUGUGGAGGUGGAGUUGUGAUAAGGCAGCGGUUCUGUAACAACCCCAGGCCUGCUUUUGGGGGGCAGGAAUGUCAUGGCACCAGCAUCCAAGUGGAGAUGUGCAAUACUCAGGCCUGUUUGCUGACCCAGCAGGACUUUAUGGCUGAACAAUGUGCAGCAACAAAUUUAAAGCCGCUGUACCUCACUGUAGAAGCGCCGUCCUUUUAUACCUGGACUUCUGCUGUUGGCUUUGCCAAAGGGGACCUGCUAUGCAAGCACAUGUGCAGGGCUGUUGAAAACGAUUUCAUGGUAAGCCGUGAAGACAGUUUCAUAGAUGGAACCAGAUGCGAGCAGGAUGACUCGGAACACCACGGGACUUUCAAUCUGUGUGUAAUGGGAAGUUGCAGAGCGUUCGGGUGUGAUGGCCAGAUGGACUCCAGAAAGAUCAUGGACUCUUGCAAGGUCUGUGGGGGUGACAACACCACUUGCACCAAAGUGAGUGGAUCUUACACAGAAGGAAAAGCUAAAGAGUAUGUUACAUUUCUGUCCCUGCCUUAUAACACCACCUUGGUCCACGUCACCAACUGGAGACCACUCUUCACGCAUUUGGCUGUGAAGGUUAAAGGAGAGUAUGUGAUUGCUGGAAAUGGAAAAAUCUCACUGAAUGUCACCUAUCCGUCAGUUCUGGAGGACAGCCAGAUCAAAUACAGAGUGUUUCUCACCAAGGACAACCUGCCAAGCCUGGAGGAAGUCCAUGUGGAUGGGCCAACACAAGAAGAAAUUGAAAUACAGGUUUAUCGAAGUUAUGGAAAAGAAUAUGGCAAUGCCACCAACCCAGACAUCACCUUCAGCUACUUUGUCCCCAAAGAGAAUCUGACGUAUAUGUGGAUUCCUCAGCAGGGACCGUGUUCAGUGACCUGUGGGGAAGGGAUGCGGCCAGUGAAUCAUGUGUGCUUUGACCAGACAAAGAAUGAAAUAACGGAGGAUCGGUGGUGUCUGGAGCUCCCACAGCCCCUUUCAGAGCACAAGCCCUGUGCCAUGGAGCCAUGCCUGUACAGGUGGAAGAUGUCUCAGAUAGAUGAAUGCUCUGCUGUAUGUGGAACUGGAGUUGCCCAACGGAAUCUGACUUGUGUUCAGCUUCGUGAUGGAUUGGAGACUGUUGUGGAUGACAGCUUGUGUCCAGCAGAAGAAAAACCCCUCUCCGUUGUGCCAUGUGUGGUUAACGUCUGCCCUUUAGGCUGGGACAAAGAGAAAGACACACACUUACUUCAGUCUUCGGAGUCACCUGGGCAUAUCCAGCUGGAAAAUCGCACCGUGUAUGUCUGGAGCCCUCUAGCUGGAGGGUGUUCCGUCUCCUGUGGUAGAGGUAGGACUCAGCUACAGUAUGUAUGUGUGGCUUUUGACACCAAAGAGGAAACUCAAGAAGAAAACUGUCAUCCAGUACCAAAGCCAGAGAGCAGGAUGGAAGUCUGUGAUCUCAGUCCCUGCCCACCAAGAUGGAAGGUAACCCCAGCUGGCCCCUGUUCCUCCAGCUGUGGGCUCGGCUUAGCUGUUCAGCUGGUCGCCUGCGUGCAGAUUCGCCAAGGCAAGGAGAUUUUGCUGGAGGAACGUUUGUGUCCUGUGGCGGAGAAGCCUCUUACCACCAUUCCCUGCGUCAUCCGCACGUGCUCUUAUGAAUGGAGCUUCAGCGAAUGGACAGAGUGUUCAACUUCGUGUGGGAAUGGCAUUCAGACACGGCAGGAUUUCUGCCUCAACCUGCUAACCCGUAAGCACGUGAACCCCAUCUUCUGCAGGCACUUCCCCAAGGCCAUUGUGGUACGUGGCUGCUCUGCGGGGCCCUGUCCUGAGCAGGCGGUGGGGACCAGGUCGCAUGGAGCAGAACCUCAGACAGUGACACCAGCCGUGCAUCUGACGACAGCUCCAACUGCUAAAAAGGCAAGAUAUAAGGACCUGGAUCUUCCUCCAUCUGCCAUGCCAGCUGUGCCUCGGGAACAGACAAAGACCAGUGGAGGUGCGUGUGGAAAGCUCUUUCUUAAUGCCACUGGGGUCAUCAACAUGAUGGGCGUAGAGAGCAGCGACUGCACUGUGGCCAUCGGACGUCCUCUUGGGGAGGAGGUAACAAUCAGCGUCCUGGAGAGCUCCCUCAACUGCAGUGCAGGUGAGGUAGUGCUGUUUUCUGGGCGAAUGAUGUGGCGGACGGGCUGCAGGAACCUCCUUUUGUCACUGAUAAAUUCCAGAACGAACACACUGAUUGUGAAACAGCGUGUUUUGCUGCCAGGAAACGGGGUCAUUCUUCAGUACAACAGCAGAAUUGCAACUAAAAAAUAUUACCAAGACUGUGACAAGCAGCUGUUUGGUCCUCAAGGUGAAAUAGUGAAUCCUGUGCCUGAUCAAAGGCAAGAAGUAGUGUGUCGGACCUUCAUCAAUGUGGCUCCUCUGCAUCGCAUAGCUAUCCGCGCCCUGUAUGUUGACCUGGGCAAUGAGAGCAACCAAACACAUUUUAAUUACAUCCUGGUCCGUGAUGUAAGCACCAUGAAGAUGAUGGUGUUCCGUGGGAAACAGCAAUUCUUCUGGCAAUCAACAGGAAGCCAAGCUGAAAUUGAAUUUCAUGAAAAUAUUAAGGAUCACCGAACCCGUUUCUGGGCUGAAUAUCAUGCUAUUGAGCCCAAAUAA